CUCGUCUAGUCUCCCGGCUAUCGUCGUUGAAAUUUACCCUUUUUCUUAACCUUGAUCCCCAUAAUGGCGCCCGCUGAACCAAACGCAAAACCGUUCCAGUUGCUUGGCGAAGCACCUCUCUUUCCGGAAGAACGAAAGGGAUGGAAGGGUUACAUCGAGUGGGAGAGGUACCCAGAGAAGAAGCGGAAGGCUGCAGAGAUUCUUGCGCAAUAUGACUUCCCUGUCCCGCCUGAAUUCCAACUGGUACCGCUACCUGACACCAACCCCGUUCUUGAGGGAGUACGCUGGAAGUACUACCACUAUGCGCUUGGGUCGACUCUGAGCGAUAUUCCCAACAUUUCCUGGGAGCAUGUUCUGAAGGGGAAGAGUAAGGACAUGAUUCAUGUCCUGCAAUUCCCGUACAAUGGCGAACCGCCAAGAGAACGCUUAGUCAAGACUGAGAUUACUGACAACAAAGAUCACUUCGUCCGUAACCACGGCGGAAUACCGGAGAUUGACCCUAACGAGUACUACUUCGAAGUUGAAGGUCUUGUUAACGAGCCAAAAUCAAUCUCUCUGGCACAACUUCAAGAUGAAAGUAUCUUUCCGCGCAUGGAGACUACUAUUACACUACAGUGCAGUGGUACUAGACGCAUCGAACAGAUCCACGAUUACCCUGGUGAUGGCGAUGAGCUCAUCAAUGCGCCAUGGGGCGAAGGUGCUAUCGGAACUGCCCGCUAUGUGGGUGUAAGUCUGAAGAAAGUGAUCAAGUACUGCGGUGGAUUCAAGAACAAUAGCAAGCAUGUCGAGUUCUUUGGCGCCGACACGUACUUCAAGAAGGGCCACGUUUACAACUACGCCGUUUCGGUUCCAACCCGCAAGGUGAAGAUCAACGAAGUCAUGCUUGCAUGGGAGAUGAACGGAGAAGCUCUUCCGCCUAUCCACGGUGCACCCCUUCGUGUAGUUGUGAUGGGCUACAUCGGCGCCCGGAGCGUCAAAUGGCUGACCCGGAUCAACGCUAUCGAAGACCCCAGCAUGGCACCGGUUCAAAUGAAAGAAUACAUAUAUUAUACACCGCAAAUGGGAAAGCAAAAUGUCACCUAUUCCAAUGGUUUCAGCAUUCAGACAAUGCCAGUUGCCAGCGCCAUCAUGACGCCCGUCGACAAGGAUGUCAUCGUUCAUGACGGAAAGAUCAAAUUGACCGGCUGGGCCUACAGCGGCAGUGGAUGGCCGGAGCGAGUCGAGGUUAGCAAUGAUGGAGGCGGUGUCUGGUAUGAGGUGCCAUACCAGCAACUCAGUACGAAAUACUUCCACGCUUGGCGCACCUGGGAGUUCGAGAUUCCGGUCGAUGCUGAAGGAUGGCUUGAAUUCUGUGUGCGAUGCUGGGACGAUGCUUUGAAUACGCAGCCUACGUUUGUGCGGAGUGCAUGGAACUGGGAUCUCCACGUAACUUCGUCCUGCCAUCGUGUCAAACUCUACAGUGUCAACAGGAGCAAGCCAGCGACGGCUAAACGCCUCAAGCAGCUGGAGGAAAGGGGUGCUUCUAUGUUGCCUCUUACAAGGCCUUUGCCAUUUGAUCUAGAGACAGACGAUGAGUAUCUGGAAGAGAUGAGGAAGCGCCAAGGUCGCGAUCCGAUCGAGUAAAUACUCGAUGCGAGAUCAUUUUCGUUGUAGAUACGAAUGACGCAAUCUUGUG